CUCAACUUAAGUUUGUAUUAUCAGGGUUUUGCUGUUUUAACUGCAUAAAUGUGUAAAAUUGGAGCACAAAAAUAAAUCAUUUCCACAAAAACAGUCUCUUAUUGAUAAAAUACUUUUUUAAGUUACGGUAUUCACACUCGCUUCGGUCAGUCGUAAAGGUGUUAAAUGAGCUGACGCUGUUGGUGAGGGUGAACUUGCAUAACAGAGGAUCAGUGUGAUGGGAGGAGCAGGCUGAGUGAGGACAGACAGCCUGUAAAACACGCUCAGCAGAGCUUCCACAUCCACUCUGCUUCUCUCUGUGCAGCCCGGAGCACCUCUCUGACACACUUCCCUCUCUGCUGGAGCCAUUUUUAGUUUGUUUUUAUCCCAGCAGGGGAGGAAUCACCUGUGUGCGUGGGUGUGUGGGUGUGUGUGACCGGGCAUGGAUGCUGUUGUAGGCGCCGAGACAAGCGACCCGGUGAGCCGGCUGGAGAGGAGCAGCCACACGGCGUUCAUCGACGAUAACACGCUGUUCGUGUGGGGAGGGUACCAGGUAAGAGAAAAAUGCAGGGCUGUUAUUUUAUACCCACCUGAACAGGAAAAACUGCAACCUGAAGAGAUAAGUAAGCCCAUUGUUCGACGCCUGCAUCGCCUGAUUCACAACACAGACCCUCCAGUCUCUUAAAAAGUCCUUAAACUUUAAAAUUGUGCAUGAAAUGAACAUAAAAUGCCUUUAAAAAGUAAAAAUUAAUAGUAGCUGCACGCAUUUUAAUUUAAAUACACCAGUUUUCAUUGUGAGAUGGAGGCUUUGUACCGUUUUAAUGUAUUGCAGGUGUUUUUAAAAUGAUAGUCCCUCUACCGUAACUUUUGUAAAAGGUGGGAACACAUUAUUGCUGCUCAAUUAAACAGCAAACCAUACAAUACCUUGCAUCACCUGUUGCUCUAGUGGUCGCCUCAGGUGUCUUCCAGUCACUCCAAAAGCUGUUCAAAGGUCAAAUUCAGGAGAGGAUGUUAGUCUGACUGAAAUUUAAUCCUCUUUAAUGCAGUUGGGAGACAUUUUUUUUCAGGUUAGUACACCUCAAACAGCCUUUUGUUUAGAGAUGGAUUCUUUCCUGGUGCUUCAACAAUGACAAUAGUCAAUUGCCUAAUUGUGCAAUAACCACAGCUCGAUUUAGGUGUGCAUGCAAAUGUACUGACUCGACUUGGGCAGGGGUGGCAGCAAGUUUGACGAGACAAACAGGUGAAUAAAUUAUUAGUUUUCAACUCUGCUGAUCAUGUCUACUUUACUUUUUUGUAGUGAGGAAGAAAACUAAAGAUGACAUGCAGCGUGAUACUCAAAGAAAGCUACUACACUCAGAUUUUAAAGGGAAGCCUUAUACCAUUUAAUCUUCAGUGUUAAAAAUGUUGAAGACAAAAUAUUGUAACCACCUUUGGAAGAAAAGCAACGUGUCACUGCGGCGUUCAAACUCCUACUUUAAACCCCUUCAGUGUGAAUGAAAUCAUCUGUUCUGUUCUUUAUUUGUGCAGAGAGAACAAAAACAUUUGAGGACAAAAACAUCCACAGGUGGAGAGAAAAAAAACCCUAAGGGCUUUGUAAAGAAACCCACCUGACAUCGAAAUUAAAAGAAUCUGCAAAUCUCUUCAGAAAUGCACAAGCAGAGCGAGCAACACUGAACAUAAGUUUCAUGAAAGCGUGAUUUACAGCGGUACUUAAUGACCUAAGGCUUACACAUUUAAGAAGCAGCCGGGCGUAAAUGUACAUGCGGUAAACAUUCAGAAAGUUCUCAAAAACAUCCUGGAGCCAGGACUCCUCAUAUGAACUGAACAGGUUUCAACAGGAAAACAUAUCUGUCUGUAUGUUUCUCCAUAGACGCAAAAUUCAGAUACAGGAUGUUCUAGAUCAUAAAAACUCAACCUAAAGUCAUAAACACGAGGCGUUUAAGUCCUAAUUUGAUAUUGGUGAUGAGCACUUGUCUGGUUUUAAACCUCAAAUAUCUGCAUCCGCAUGUUUCUGUGCUCAAAUUCAUCAAGAUAAGAUACAAGCGCACAUUGUUUGCACGCAUGCUUUAUAUCUUUGUCUCCUCACAGGUUGUUGCAGGAGAAGACGUCAUGCUGCCCAGUGAUGAGAUAUGGCUCUGCGAUUUGAACAGCGGCACAUGGUGAGACAGAAGCGAAACAUAAAUCAGCUGAUAUAAACACAGUGUCAACUUGACAUUGAGCGUUAUAGCUUGUUUUGGUUAAAGUGAAAUCUUGAAAAACAAGAUGAAGCGACUGAACAAGCUGGAUAGAGGCUCUGGUUAAAGUGAGGACUGUUUUUGAGUUUGACAAAGUAGGCCAACCCGAGUUAAAAACAUUCUUGUUUUUCAGUCAUGUGUUAAGAGAAUCUGUUUGUGAAACCAAAGCAAACUCUCACCCCAUUCGCGCUGACACUCACAUGUGUGUUUAACUUUGGUGUUCAGCCAUCUGUAUCUUCAGGCUCUUCUCCACCGCCGUGUGUUUUUGUUUGGCAGGGAGCGGAGGGAGAUCACCGGAGACACACCUCCAGACUUAUCAGGAUUCUGCGGCUCUUAUGUCAACGGCAAACUCUACAUCUUUGCAGGAUGUGAUCCCAGCGGGUACACAAAUCAGGUGAGGCGCUCUAGACCCCUAAAGCGUGGAGAUUCAGGUUUGGAGCGAGUCUGUACCUGUGGUGUGCUGAAAUUACAUCCAGAUUAGUGAGCCGAGUGUCUACGUUUCUGGAGAGAAACCUGCUGUAGUCGCCAAAGGGUCUACACGACCUUUUUGUUUUGAAACCACAACCUAAAAUUUGAUACCCCAUGACUGCCCACGCACCUUAGGCUGUGUUUUACGAAUUCAGACCAACUGAUUAGCGCUGCCAUCAUCAACUGGUGGCGUAUUUUUGCGUCAAGGCAUGCUCAGAAAUGCACUACUGUUCAAGGACCAGCAAAGAGUCAGUUUAAUGCCAAAAGUACGAUGACCUUUGCCCUUUUCAACUGGUUGAUUUAGGCCUGUUGUGUCAUGUACCAAAAUAAUCGACAAACGCAUGUUGAUGGGUGCAAACACCAACAACUUAGCAGCUCUGUGACUUUUGUACGUCUAAUACAAACGCUUGUUUUUUACUUUUUUAACAUUCCCACAAUUUGUUUACACCCUGUCGUACAACUUUUUAGUCAAAGCCUGAUGUGUAAACUGUGGGGCAUUUGUAUAAAGCUUGGCCAGUUUGAGUUGUGAAAACGUAAGCGAGUAUGUUAGUCAAAUGAAGAGAAUUUUAGUGUCUUUUCAGUCAGAGUCAUGUGUUUAUGUGUUUCAAAAGUCCUGUUUCAGCCAAACCAAACCAAUUCUCUUUCUCUACCUUUUAUAGAUGUACAGCGUCGACCUCACAGAGCCGUGCUACUCCUGGAGGAAACUGACCGACACCUUAGGAACGACGCCCUCCCCCAGAAACAAACACUCGUGCUGGGUUUACAAAGACAGGUCAGAUGAUUUAAAGAACUGCUCUUGGCAACGUUUUCCAGAUUUGGGGCUGAAAUUUGAUGAAGAAGAACUGGUUUGUUUGGCUCAGUAGUUAAAUCCUUUACCCAUGUAUGUAAUCUGUAGUCCUCAUCACAGAUCACGCAAUUCUUCACUUCCCACAUUUCUUGUUUCCCUUUCUAAUUGGGGCAAAUCAAAUAAAUAAAUCGCUAAAACGAUCAGCAAAAAUCCUGCCAAAAAUCGUACCCUUAAGUCUUCGAGAUGGAUCCCUUAUUUCUUUAUACAUGAGAUUCACAAUUUAACCACCGAGCCAGACCAGCUCCUGUGAGAUCAGAACUUUUUAUCUGAUUUAUAACUCGCUCUUUUUCCCUUGUGCAGGGUAAUCUACUUUGGAGGAUACGGCUGUAAGACCAUAGGAGAGGUCCAGAACACAUCGUCUCUGAACUUCAUCGUGGAGGAGAUGUCCUGGGUAAAUGAUAGUGCUAUUUUAUCAUUUAAAACAAAUUUUAAGUCUGCUUUUAACAAUUUGAAGAAUUUCUUCUAAUUGUCUUGAUUGCACCGAUGCACUGCAGUGUUGACUGACCUGCAUUUGAUUGCCAACAAACGCUGUAGUUAAAGCUCCAGUGAGGAUAUUUUAAAAUCUUUGUUGGAUUGUGUGAUUUGGGGAUUAUGUUUAUGCCAAAGAUGUUAGCUCAAUCUCUGAGGACUGUCAAAUGUAAUCGUGCUGAGAAACUUCAUAAAUGAAAUCUGUGGAUGUCCUGGUGGGUUUGGACCAUAAUUGUAUCGUAAUCAGUACCUGCAGCCCUUGUUUUAAUGUGAUUUUAUGGGUUUUUUGUUUGUUUGUUUUUUCACUUUUUGCACUUUUACUGCAUGCGAACUGUCGCCUUGUUUAUUUAAAUGAUAAUUUUCCUUUUUUUUUUUUUUUCUUUUAUUGAAGACAACCAUUGGGAACACGUUAUUCAGGUGCUGGGGCUGGAACAAUGAAGUCAACGUGUUUGAUACACAUACAGAGACGUGGAGCAUGCCACAGACGAAGGUGAUUAAAACAUACAAUAAAUAAAGUGAAGUGAAAGGUGCAAAAUGAUGAGUUUAAGUUUUUGUUUGUGUCGUGUUCAGGGUCCUGUUCCUGUCCCCCGAGGAUGCCACGCCAGUGCCUUAUUGGGGAGCAAGGGUUACAUCUCUGGCGGUGUGGUGAGCAGGCCUGAUGUUUCUACGCAGCUUACAUCCGGAAAUACUCAGCCCAGAAUACACAGAAAAUUUUUUCCUCUUGUUAUAUUUCACAUUUUGUCCCCCCUGGUUCCCACUGAGAGAACCAUUACAGUAGUAUAUUUGUUUCCCACUUUGCAGUAACAGUUUGGGGAAGGGUUUUCCUGUUUCAACAUCCCUUUCCUGUCCUGAUGUCACUGUGCCCCUUUGCACAAAGUCGGAUCUCUAAAGGGACCUCUGAGUUUUGUUUGGAUGAAGCUAAUUGACCCGCACAGAGCCCUGACCUCGACUCUAACAAACACGUUGAACCUAAACUUAGACUUGAAGCAGGAUCCCGUCACAUGAUAUUAUACAUACGUUGUGAUGGCUGAAUGCAAAGCUGCAAGAUCUUGUUGUAUAAAAUAUGCAUGUGCAUCUUUGGUGAGAUAUUUAUCAGUCACAUGUGAAUUCAACAGUCAAACAAAUGUAUGUUUGCAGGAAAAGGCAGAGUUGGACAUGUUCUGCUUGGACCUCGAGACCUGGACUUGGACCCAGUUGUAAGAUUUCUCUUUUACGCAUGAUAGGUAGAAACAGUCUGUCGGUAUUUUCAGCUUUGCUUUGAGAUGGUUAACCUGCUUUGUUGCAUUGUGUCACUCUUUCAGUGAUAUACCUCAGUCUUGUUCACCUCUGGGUCGCCUGAUGCACACCAUGACACCCAUUUCAGACAACACACUCUUUGUGUACGGAGGCCUCGGCACAGAUGGCAAAACUCUGAGUAAGUUUAGUCACAAAACAAGUGUUUAAUUCCAAAAUCCCUAACAAAUAAAAAAAUCUUGUUGAAAAUAUCUCAUUAGACUUAAUAUUAGCCAAACAAAUCCAUAAAAAAAGUCAAAUUCCAAGAUAAAACCAACCAAAAACAAGACCUGAUCGCUUUUAAUGAGCAGUGAGUUUUUUAAAGAGGAGAGCCAAGUUUGUUAAAAUAACAAUGUGAGUGAUAUCUUUGUACCACAUUGGCAGAUUUGUCUUAAUAAUUAUACAAGUCUACAAUAAAGACAAGUCUGUACUAUGUUGCACAGAUUGGUCGACCUUCUUGUAUUUGAAGCUCUGGGGGAAAAAAAUGUUUUAUGUUACGCAAUCCUCAAAACAAAGACAUGAUCACGCUAAAGUAACACUGUGAGACUGACCUUCCUUUAGUUUUAAUCUGUGUUUUAUCAAUCUCUGUUUUCCACCAGAUGACGCCUGGCAGUUUAACACACAGAAAAGAGAGUGGACCAAGUUGACACACCCACACAAGGACAAACCCAGGUUAGUAGAUUUCAAGUGUCAGUGUGCUCCGUCUCAGAAAAGUGAAUUUGUCAUAGUUUUUCUCUUUAUAUUUGUUGACGUACACCUGCUUUUAAGUGUCAAAAGCAGAAAAUAAGAUGGAGCAAACAUGUCUUCCUCAGGGUUUGUCACACAGCGUGCCUUGGAAGUGACAGCGACGUGGUUUUGUUCGGGGGAAGCAGCAACAUGUGCAUCCUUGUGGACUCUGUAAGUGUUAAAGAAACACUUGUGAAGUGUUUCCCACGGCAGACUUUCCAAACGGGACUCUUAAUGAUUUAAAGUUGAGACUGAAACGCUUUAUUCUUAGAUCCAAAACAAGGUCUUAGUGAGUUAAACAUUAUGACACUUAAUCUUUUCCUUUGGAUUGUGCAGACGUCAGCACAACAUUGCAGCAUAAUGCCCUUAAUCCCUCUUUCAUUCUGUUACUGUUUUAACUAGUUGGCAUUUAUCCAACAGGCUAAUUAUAGCAGCGACGUUACGUUAAGUGUUGCAUAAAGAAAGCUUAAGUGGUUUAAGGAGUCUUUGUAAAAGUGCGCCUGCAGUAUGUGGUCAUGGUCCAGCACGAGAGGGACGUGACGUGGACUGAAAGAGUGCUUAUGCGAAUGCUAAUAUGCUGACGUUCAGAAAUAUUAGCUCAGCCUGGCUGAAGAAAUAGAAAUAUGAGGUAAAAGGCAUGUAUGGCUCUAUAAUAUCUUGCACAUUAAAAUCCUUUUUUCAUGGUUUUAAAUGAAUUUAGUGACAAUACGUUGAUAUCGACCAUUUGAGGGCUGAUGCCAGUAUGAUUUUGGUCCUCUCUACAUUAUACACCCCAUUUUACCAAAACAGAUAUUGAAUAAAAGACUAAAUUUAAUGUCAAAGAGAUACACUUUUUUCCAUGUGUUUGUGUGGAAGAGAGCAACUAUAUAAAAACACAAAACAGAAAAAUUUGGGGGGAAAAUACAAAAAAACUUCAGAUUCUAGAUAUGAUGCUCAUGUGAUUUUAUACAUCCAUAUUUAGGGGGGAAUAAAUUACAUUAAGUAAUUGUGUGAAAGUAAAAGCCUCAGGCAAUGACUUUACCAUCAAACUACAUUAUUAUAAACAUUCUAAACAUGACAAUUUUCUGACUGUGAUUGCUUGUUUGAUCACCUCUACAUGACAGAAAAUUAUGAUUGCGAAUGCAAAAAAACAAACUGUCAGGAGGACAAUUUUGUGUCCCCACCAGUGUCAAAAUCAAACCUACUCCCUUGCACUUUAACCAUUUCUAAUCCAUAUAAAUGUGAUACAUCAGUCUCAAAACACACAAAUUUGAAUGACUUUUGAGUCUAGACAUUAGCCACGUUUACAUGCAGACUUUUUUCUCAUUCGGAUUAUAAUCAUUCCGAUUGAAGCUCCCAGGCGAACUGUUUACAUGGAAGCGAUCUAUUCUGAUCUGGUGUUUACAUGUGCCACGGCAUUCAAUCGGAACAGCUAUUUACAGACACGUGAUACCUUCAAACAUCACGUGAUUGAUUGAUCACGUGAUCUCCGACGCAGACCAGUGCAUCGUGCUCUGCUUGGAAGCCGCCAUCAUGUUUCCAUGUGAGUCAUACGUCACUGCUUGUUUACAUCAGGACAGAGCAUGCGCAGACAGAACCCAGCCUGACAACUUUCCGAUUCACCGUUUACAUGACAGGAUUUUGCUUUUAAUCGGAAUGGGAAAAGGAAUAUUCUACCCCUGUGAAUCGGAAUGAAAUUUCAUUCGGAAUGGGCCUGUUUAUUCCGAAUGAGGUGUUUAUAUGGAGCAUUUUCAUUCCGAUUGGGCUUCUAAUCUGAUUAUAUUCGGAAUAUUUGGCUCCAUGUAAACGUAGCUAUUGAAAGAAGUACAAAAGAAACCCUGACUGCAUUUCUGCAAAGUAAUUUGUGCAAAAACUUGAUUAAUAAGAAUCUGUUUUGAAUUGAGAGCUUAAAAUAACUCGGGACUGGGAGGAGAGUAGGUUAUGAUGUGACCAAUCAGGCUCCUGGUUGGGUUUGAACCGAGGGCUGCCCACUUUGAGUGCUUCUAUUUCUGUAUACGGUUCAUAUGAUUCGACCACUGAGCUGAACUGGCGCCCCACGCCUGAGCUGAUUCAAGUCAAAGACCUUGAUCCCAUUGGUAUCCAUUCUCAUGCCCAAAUAUGGUCAUUUCAGGCUGCAUUUAUAAAGAGGUGACUAAAAAUGUCAAACUCCGAAAUUCUUGACCCGUUUUUUCCAAGCUGGGCAGAGGAUUGCUCUCUAUCCUCAUGUCCUAAUUGCUCGUCCUGUUUUCAGGUGGCUGUUCUGAGAGCUCCAUCACAAAAUCAGUGCAGAGACGUGAUCUUCUUCCAGACUCAGCCGUACUCCCUCUUCAGGUAGGUCGGAUUUUCACUCUUCAUUUCUGAAAGGUUUACCAUCUCUUAUUUCUGUGUCUCGCCGUGUUGCUGGGACACAGUUGUUGUCGUCAUGUUGGCGGUCUGUCUCAUGCUUUUGUUGUCACCUUACCAACGCACAUCGUGUACAUUAGGAUUAUUUAAGGGCGUGUUUACAAGUCUUUUCCAUUCACACGUGAUGUAGCAGUUUUAACAAGGUCCACUGAGACUUUUCAGCCCCUGAGCUCUUUUUUACUUUGGCUCUGUUGGACCUGUGCGCCAGUUACCAUUCAGUAGAGGACAAUCAUGUUGUGCGAACAAGAUUUACACAUGUGGGUGGAGCGUUGCUACGACUGGGACAACACUUCCAACAAAAGUGAUGUUCCAGUCUGAGAAUCAUACGUGUCUGUUUCUUCAGGUGUCAAACAGCUUGUGGAAGUGGCUCCGACUUGAAGUUUAGUAAACAAUCAAAACUCAGGGUGUCUGCUGUGGAAAAAGUACAAAAUGAAACACUCCUCUUCGUAUUUAACACCCAAGUAUCACUGGAAAAUAUUACAAGAUUGUAUCAGGUUUCUUAAAGAAAUUUAAUGAUCCUUUUUUGAGCACAAAGUAGGCGUGUCUCAGCGCUUUCUCUUGUAACAGAUAGCUACCAAACAAACAACACUCUCACUUUAAAGCCCAGUGAGCAAAUCUGUGAGUCUCCACCAUAGACUGUAUAUACUAUGGAACACAUGGUUCCGCCUCCCGCCUGUAUACGGAUUUGAAGCCAAAAAAGCUCUCGGUAUUUCCGGGAUUUUUCUUCAUUUCCUGAAACCAGCGAUGCGCAGUAGCUGUGAUGAUGCUUGGCUCAAACAGCGUAUCCCCCGGGUGAGCUACGCAAUCCUUGUACGCCCAUAGGCUGUAUCAGGUGUCAAUCAUAGCAAACAUGAACCCCCUAAUAACUUUAAAAAACGGAGCUUUACAGAAAAAUUAGGACUUGAGCACAAACCAGUCUUACUGUAACUACAUGUCAACAUCGCAAGCAGGGGGGAGAAAAAUUUAUAUUCUGUGUAAUUAAUUUCUAAAGUUUGUCCACAACUCCAUAAGCUUUGCUGGCGGAGGCAGGCGGGAUUUAUGACCUAUACUGCAGCCCGUCAACAGAGGGUGCUGUUCUCGGAGCGAGAAGGCAGACUCUGUCCAUUCUAUAUACAGUCUAUAGUCUCCACUGCGAACAGUUUUGAGCUUAACACCAGCAGUAGUAUGCUCAUACACACUUCACGACAAUUGUUUUAGGGGUAACAUUAAAGUUAGCCGACUGACCUGCUUUUAUUAUGUCGCAGAAGCACUGCUGAGACUCAUGGCAAGAUUGUAUUAUUUGUAUUUGAUGUUAAAUUAGAAUGAAGCUAUCAGCUAAUUUGAUUUUAGAGAAAUUUAAGAUGAUAACAAUACGGUGUGUUUUACAGAGAAGUUUAACAGCUUUUAACAGAAUUAAAAGGUUUAUCCUCUGGGAACAUUAAUGUCAGAUGCAUGUUUUGUUUUGUUUAAGUCAUAGGGUAAAUGAUACUAUCCCUAAUCCCUCUCAAAAUGCACAAAAAAUGAAAGUAAGUACCUCAAAAGUCUGUUUCCAAUCAUCAAAACCAUUACCUUUCAUUGGCAUGAUGGCAGAUUUAACCAGUUGGCCUGUUUUUAAAUUUUUUUUUAGCUGAAAUACUGUAAAAUAACUUGACAGGAGUUGCCAUGAAUUUUUGUUUUAGCCAUUUGUGGAGUACAGAGAUGUAAGCCUUGUUUUUUUUUCAAGGGGAGUUUGUAGAUUUCUGAUUCUUUUUGUUGCAUUAAAAAACAUUUUUUAAAAAUAGAGUUUAUGACACAUUUUCCACCGGUUUAGUGAAUUCUGCUUCUCUAUUUCCUCUAGAUUGUGUGAAGACUUGAUGGGCAGGAACCCCGAGCUGUUUGCGAAGCAGCUGAACUGGCUGCCGACAAAACUACGCAGCCGAAUCGACAAGCGAGUUGCCUUUUUCUCAUCCACCGCUCCCUUCCUCACAGCCUAGACAGGACGUCUGUCUUCUUUUAGAUUCUGAGCCAGAUUAUUAUUAUUAUUACGAAAGUGUUUUCAUUCUCUGUGUUGAAAAUAUGUUUUUGUCUGUUUGUAAUUGUUUAAGAAAGAAUUGGUGCUCAUGUUAAAUUGUUUUAACUUAACAGAUAAUUUGUAAAUAAAGUUUUUUGCCUUAUUUUUAACAACUGAUUUAGAUUAGGUGACAUUUUACAGUUUAAGUCGUUUGAUAAAGUGCAAUCUGUUUUUGAAUAAAGGUAUUGAUAUGUUGUAUACUA